UGUUCUUCUCUUUUGAAGUAAAUUGGUUAGAAAACACAUUCUUUUCAUUUCUACGAUCUUCACCUUCUGAAUUCAAAACCACUCUGCUUAUUGCCACAUCUCAAAAUCUUACCUUUUUUAGGGUUCCUUUCAAUUUGAUUCUCAAUUGGAUUAAACUUUGCUCACUCUGCUUUUCUCAAUUCUUGCUUCCACUAUCUCUAUCAAUUCAGGUCGCAGAAACAUAAGAUUCUCGGAGGUGAUUCACUGCAAUUUGUUUGAACCGGCAGGUAAAGUACGCAGGACAUGGGCUGCAUCGUGUCCACCCCAAAAGAUUCUGGUGGAAAUAGAAGGAGGCCGGGGAGUAUUGGAGAUGUUUCUGUCUAUGUUCCCGGUUUAAGAAUUCCUAAACCGGUUGAUUUUACGCAGUCGCUUGGUGAUUCUUUGUCAAAGAGCAUAGUGGAACGCUUAUCUGCUCUUAGAACUCGUAUCGUUGUAAUGGCUGGUCAAGAAGGUCCUACAAUUACAAGAACAAAAAGAAAAAGUGCAACUCAACAUGGAGGUUCAACACUGGCUGAUCUUCUACAGGCUCUUGAAGACUACUUACCGGUACUUUUGGGAUUAGUCAAAGAUGAAAGUCAUUUACAAUACAAAGUACAAUUUGUUUGGAUGAAUCAGGAGGAUGAAGCAGAGGAAACAGCCAUGUCUAAUGCUUGGUAUGAAGUGUUGUCAGUCUUGCACUUGAUGGCAACACUAUUGCUAUCACAGGCUAAUUUAUUACUUCUUCCAAGAACAUCCACCGAUGGUCAUCAGCCAAAAGUAUCAGAAGAAAACCGUCGAGCCUCUGUUGAUAUCUUCUUAAAGGCUGGUGGGUAUCUUGACUGUGCUGUCAGGCAUGUUCUUCCACAGUUGCCUGCUGAGCUCAGGAGAAAUUUACCAGUAGACCUUGCAGAAGGAGUUCUUCGUGCGCUCUGUCUACAAGCAUUGGGACAGGGUGUAGAUAUCCAACUUGGAAUGGCAAUUGAUAGCACCAAGGCCACUCUCGCGGUGAAGCGUAGACUUGCAUGUGAGAUGGUGAAAUAUUGGCAACAGGCACAAGAUAACAUUAUGAAUCUUCCGUUAGCGAAUGGUUGGGGUGAAAAACAUCGUCAUUAUGUCAAAUGGAAGUAUAUUGAAUCAAAGGCUACGGCAUAUUAUUAUCAUGGUUUGAUUCUUGAUGAGGGCAAUACAGAGAAAUCUCAUGGGAUGGCUGUAGCUGCGCUGCAAGCAGCGGAUGAGUAUUUCAAAGAAAGUAAGAAGCUCUGUGAGGCAUUCAAUGCAGCAACUCCAUUGUCAAGAAAUCCACCGCUUUGGGGGACCAUGAAAUAUCUCUCUGAGAAAAUUCCCAAGGAUACUUCAAGCAAGGUGCGAAUAAACCGUGAUCUAUAUACUUACGAGAGAAUCAUGGAAACAGCACCAACAUUGCCUGAUUUUGCCUUGGCCUUGAAACCAGAUGAUUAUCAACUUCCACAAGUGAGUCCUUCUUGGAGAACAGAAAAUGUGAAGGGGGGACAAAAUGGCUCCCCUAACCAUCUUAAGGGAUGAAAAAUGACAAAAGUGAGCAAUGUCAACUUAGCUUGAAGAUGAAGCAAAGGGUAAUUUUUCAAUGCUUGUCAAUGUCUGCAGGGGAAGCAAAUUCAUUAUUUCGGACUUUUUCUCUACCUUCUUUCUUCAUAAAUCAACUUCCUCCCAUUCUCUACAACAUUUGAGAAGAAAAAAAGGGUACAAAGCCAAAUUCUCCAUUUUUUUAAACCAAGUUGUAUAAGUUGGUGUGUAAAAUUAACUUGUGCUUUGCAUGGAAAGAAUGAUUUCCUUUUAAAUAUUAAAAUUCUAUAGAGAUUGAUAUGCAAGGGAAUUUAUGUUAUUUCAACAAGGUUUAUCAUACAA